AUGUCGAAUCCCAUCAAUCGAGAUUCCGAGGACGUCUACGAAAGAGAAAGUGACCAGUCACGCGUGAAUCGAGCAUUUGCAGAUACCUCGUACGUAACCGGCGCCAACCAAGAUCAGGACGAGAUUGUUCCUGUGCAGAGCGACGAUCAACCGGUCGAGGACCCGAUAGAUCCUGCAACUGCAGAUACUAAUCGACAGUUGCGACAGGAUGAACGAGAAGCGGUGAACGAGUCCAAUAUUUUGCAGGGCGAUCGUCUUCGUCAUACGAGACCAGUCACUUCGAAUCGGUAUAACGAGGGACCUGAGGAAUCGGAUAUUCCGGAGGUGUAA